AUGGACAAAAUCGACUUCGCUCUGCCCGCUGGGUUGAACCCAGAAGACAUCCUCCUCAACUACACCUCUCCGUAUGGAAACACCAGUAUCGCAUUCGGUGAUCUGGAUAGCUGGUUCAGGAACGAGUUGGCAACGGCCGCAGUCUUUGGUGCUCGGAUCAGCGUCUCAGCGAUGACCAUUGUGGUUUCCUGGAUUGUCAGUAAGAACAGAAGAGCUCCCAUCUUCAUUGUCAACCAGCUGGCACUGCUUUCGAUCUCUAUUCACUCUGGUUUAUAUCUUCGUUUUCUGAAUGGUGUUUAUGGAUCUAUUGCAUUUAACUUCAGCCUCUACGAUUAUACCAACCACGAUGCGACCGUCACAUCGGUGGUCACAAACACUUUCCAGAUCCUGGUGAUCGGGUUCAUUGAGGCUUCAUUGGUCUUGCAGACUUACACCAUCUUCAGGUCUCCCAACAGAAUGAUGCAAGUGUUUGGGAUUGCUGCCACUGUUAUGGCAUGUCUUUUGGGCUUGAUCACCACCGGCUUGUAUUUUGCAACUGCGGUUUACUCGAACAUUAAUCUCACAUCAACUAGUCUCGUCGCUACUCCAUCAUGGGUGGGUGCUGUGCCUCUGGCAGUUUUCACUGCCUCAUUCGUCAUUGUAAGCCUCAUGCUCAAUGUUAAGCUCUUCAUUGCCAUUCGGACACGCCGGUAUCUCGGCCUCAAACAGUUUGACAUUUUUCAUAUUCUUUUCAUCAUGUCGUCACAGACAAUGGUCAUACCCACAGCCAUCAUCAUCGCCAGCUUCUGCACUAAUGGAAAAGUCACGUAUAACUAUCUCAGUGCCAUUGGAACUUUGCUCGUCGCUACUUCUUUGCCCCUGACCACUAUGUGGGCUAAUUCAUCCAUCAAGGAAACAACUCCAUGUUCAUCGGCUGACACAGUUCUGUAUAAGCCGAUGUCGAACUCAUCCAAGUCGCUCUACAUGAGUGCCAGCAGAACAAUUGUUGGCGAUAAAUCGCCAGGAGAAAAGCCAGAUCUCAGCACAGGUGAUGAUGAUGACUACAAGAACUCUUCGUGGUGGAUCGAAGCCAAUCUUGAAGCUGCUGAGAACGGCUAUGGGGAAGGAGAGGACAAUGAUGAUUUCUUGCGCAAGAUCACCACCACGAGGGGCACCAAUGCUUAA